AUGAUUCAUUCCCAGUCUGCCGCUUCUGUUACCAAAAACCAGUCCUUCCCGGUAUCGCUGGAAAUGCAGCUGCUGGCCAGCGAUGAAAAAGAAAAACGGCAUAACGGCAAUCUCUGUACGCCGGGUACUGAAGUAAGCAUGGGCGGCGAAUGGGUUACCGCAGAAGCCCUGGUAUACGGAGAUUCCAUCGUGCACCACCUUAUUAACGGUGAUACCGUAUUAACCUAUGAGCAUACAAAAGUGGGCGGCGGUUUUGUUAAUGAGGGAAUGACCUGGACAACCGGCGGCUUUGCGGCCGAUUCGCUGGACUGGAUAAAAAAAGAUGGCACACCCCUUGCCACCGGCUAUAUUGCCCUGCAGGCAGAAAGUCACCCGGUGGAAUUCAGGAAAGUGGAAUUGCUGAACAUGGAAGGUUGUAUGGAUCCCAAAGCCAUUAACUAUAAAUCCUACUACGUGAAAGCUGCUAAUGCCCGGUGCAAAUACAAAUAA